CUGUGAAUACAAAGAACAGAAAAAUGUUCAUAUGCUGAUAUAAACACUACUAAACACAUUCCAAUGGCAUCAACCGACGAACGCAGUCAGUCACCGAACAAACAGCGUCGCUGGUCAAAGUAUGUUACUGAUGUGUACGACCCAGUCCAGGUGGGCUCGAUCGAUGGUACGGACGAAGUGCCGCACGAUCGGGCUCUCGUACGUGCCAUAAAUUCAACUUACCGUCCCAAUGGCAAAGUGAAAGGGAACCCGAUGCACACGAUCUUCAUCGGCCGGCUAGCGCACUCAGUAACGGAGGAACAAUUACGCACAAAAUUCUCGCCCUUCGGCACGAUUGUCCACCUACGGCUCGUGUCAGACAUCGUCACCGGACUGCCCCGGGGUUACGCGUUCAUCGAGUAUGGAAACCGCGAGGAGGCGCUCCGGGCGAUCGAUCGAAUGCACGGUGUCAUCAUCGAGGGCAAAGAAAUCCUCGUUGAUGAAGAGUGGGAACGAAGGUUGGAUGGGUGGAAACCACGCCGGUUGGGUGGUGGAUUCGGCGGGAGGAAGAAGUCCCAACAGCUCCGGUUCGGCUGCAAAGUGCAACCAUUUCGGAGGCCUCUGCUGGAAGAAGUGGCCAACAGUGGCGGUGUGUCGAGUGUCAGUGAGUGGAACCGUCGGGUACGUCAUCGGAAGGAGGGAAAAUCGAGUGGCAAUAGAUAAGUGGGAAGGCAGCUGAAUGGGAUGCAACUUGGCAAAUAGAUAGUUGUAUUUAAAACUAGUAAUAAUA